AACUACGACUCCCGGCGUGCAGUGCGGCCGAACCGGAAGUGUACGCUGCCGGGCCGAGGAUGGUCGGAGGGAGCCGGAUACAUGGAGGAGGAGGAUCCCAACCACAAUCACUGGCAGCUGCGGCCUGACUGCCCCCCGGUCCCGGAGCUCUGCAGGAGAGGACGGGACGGGGCUGCUAAGGGCAGCGGAGGAGGAGGAGGCCUCCCCGGGAUCAGCUCCAGCGCCUCCAAGUUCCUGAUGAAUGUGAUCACGGUCGAUGACUAUAAGAACACGUAUUGGCCAAAGCUGGAGAGCGCCAUCGAUCAGCUGCUGACCCAGAGCCCGGGGGACUAUAUACCCAUCUCCUAUGAGCAGAUCUACAGCUGUGUGUACAAGUGCGUAUGUCAACAACACUCCGAGCAGAUGUACAGCGACCUCAUGUGUAAGGUCACCUGUCACCUGGAAAAGGUGUCCCUGGAGCUGCUGGCGACGUCCCCUGAACAUUAUAUAGAGAAGUUUAAUCUUGCUCUGAGCCAGUAUAUGGGGGCGCUGCACAGCAUCGUCCCCCUCUUCAUCUAUAUGAACAAGUUUUAUAUAGAGACCAAACUGAACAGAGACCUGAAGGACGACCUCAUCCAGCUCUUCACUGACCACGUGGCUGAGAAGCACAUCUACAGCCUGAUGCCCUUGUUACUGGAGGCGCAGUCUACACCGUUCCAGAUCACUCCCUCGACCAUGGCGAGCAUCGUGAAGGGGCUGUACACGCUGAGGCCAGAAUGGGUCCAGCUCGCUCCAGCACUUUUCUCCAAGUUCAUCCCCAACAUUUUGCCCCCGGCCAUGGAAUCGGAGCUGCAGGACUACGCCGCACAGGAUCAGAAGCUGCAGCAAGACCUCAUGCAGAAUGGAUUCAACAGGGGUGACCAGUCUCGGAAAAGAGCGGGAGAUGAGUUGUCCUACAAUGGUUCGUGCAGCAGUUCUCAGAGUUACAGAUAAGGUGGAUUCUCCUGGUACCCAGCGGUGGUGGCUCCUCAUGGACUGAGUGCUGAGGCUUCUGUGGAGCCAUGUGGACUUUUCAUAAGCUGCGCUCGCCCGGCUGUAUAUACAUAGGAAUAUAUAUAUAUUUUUUUGUUUUAAAGAAGACUUGAACUUUUGCUGCUAACAAAAGGCUGAGAGACUAUGAGCCGCCAUCCCCCGACACAGCGCUCCCCAUCUCCUGGACACGGCGCUCCCCAUCUCCCCCCCCCCCCCCCUGACGCGGUGCUCCCCAUCCCCCCCCCCAAAACGCGGUGCUCCCCAUCCCCCCCGACGCAGCGCUCCCCAUCCCCCGACGCAGCGCUCCCCGACGCAGCGCUCCCCAUCCCCCGACGCAGCGCUCCCCAUCCCCCGACGCAGCGCUCCCCAUCCACGGCUCAUUUCAGCUGCUUUUUCAUUUGUAUAAAAAUUGUAAAAAAGAAAAGAAAAAGAAAAGUGCCCCCUCCCCCCGGAGCCGUGGUCUGUUCUUGCUCUGUUGCUCUCCUCCCCCAUGUUCUCCGCUGUUUCCUGUGGCUCGGGGCUCUUCCUCCCUUCCCCUGUUGAGGCUCGGGGCCCUUCCUCCCUUCCCCUGUUGUGGAUCGGGGCCCUUCCCCUGUUGUGGAUCGGGGCCCAGGCUGUUACGUCCUCGCUUCCCCGUUCUCGUGUGUUUCCGGCUGCGAUCGAUCAGGUUUAGUAUUUAUAACAUUCUGUUUUCCUCUCUGUGGACCAAAAAUUAAAUAGACUCAUUCAGCCUA